GAGCAGGAUGAGUGUCUCUGUAUCGGAGGACUCAGCAUCUAGGCGCUGGCACUACAUGCCAGGACAGAGGCGUUUUUCCGAAAAAAAAAAAACCCUCAAUAAAAGGUGAGAUUUUAAAGGCAACUCGGUCUGCAAUUCAUUGAGAUUCUUCAAAUUCGUGGAAUCUAGCAAAAAAAAAAAAUCAAAUUCGUGGUAGGUUUUGGUCCUCCAUUGAUUUCUGCAACUUUUCUAGGGCAUAGAAUCUCUCCUUUCCCUCUAAUUGUCGCCCUUCUUUUUGAUAUCUGUGCCUCCAAUAAUACUCGAAUUUGUUCUCCAAAUCGAAUACUUCGACGCGUUUUAUCUGUUCAAAACCGGAAAUUUCUUUAUAGAAACGGUUUUAUCUGACAAUUUAGAGCUGCAACAUAGAAAAUUUCAUCUAGGUGUGCAAAUUAGAAUCGGAGAGAAUGAGCUCUCUUCAUAUGUUUCUGAACAAUUCAGUUUCACCAUCGGCUGAUCUUUCUCGGUUGUUUAAGCUUGAGAAAGGAAGAUACUUUGUUCGAGCCAAUGCUAGGAAAAUCUCAGCUUCUCUUAAUCUGGACUUGCAACCUCCAGCGUCUGCAAAUUUGGAAGGAAAAUUAGGGUUUGGUGGAAGUAAGGAUGUUAUGGAUACGGAAAGGAAUGUUCUUGUGGGAACUUAUGCGAGAACUCCAGUCGUUCUAUCAAGUGGCAAAGGAUGUAAGCUGUACGAUGUAGAAGGGCGAGAAUACGUAGAUAUGACUGCUGGGAUAGCUGUGAAUGCGCUUGGCCAUGGUGACCCGGAUUGGGUGAAAGCAGUGGUUGAGCAGGCAAAUGUUCUCACUCAUGUCAGUAAUGUCUACUAUUCGAUUCCUCAGGUGGAACUUGCGAAACGUCUAGUGGAGUGUUCUUUUGCUGAUCGUGUCUUUUUCUCGAACUCUGGGACAGAGGCAAAUGAAGCAGCUAUUAAAUUUGCGAGGAAGUUUCAAAGAUUUUCUCAGCCUGAUGUUAAACAUCCAGCCACAGAAUUUAUCGCUUUUUCUAAUAGCUUCCACGGGAGAACAAUGGGUGCCCUUGCGUUAACCAGCAAAGAGAAUUACAGGACACCUUUUGAGCCUGUCAUGCCCGGUGUCACCUUCCUUGAAUAUGGGAACAUUCAAACCGCAAAAGAGGCAAUUAAACGCGGCAAAACAGCGGCAGUUUUUAUAGAACCUAUCCAGGGUGAAGGGGGUGUAUACAGUGCUACAAAGGAAUUUUUGCAGUCACUACGUAAUGCUUGUGAUGAUGCUGGAGUCCUCCUUAUCUUUGAUGAGGUUCAAUGUGGAUUAGGCCGAACUGGGUAUCUCUGGGCCUAUGAGUCAUAUGGAGUAACCCCGGAUAUGAUGACACUUGCCAAACCUCUAGCUGGAGGUCUGCCCAUUGGUGCUGUCCUUGUGACUGAGAGAGUUGCUGCUGCCAUAAAUUUUGGUGACCAUGGUAGCACUUUUGCAGGCGGGCCCCUUGUUUGUAAUGCUGCCCUGGCUGUCUUGAAUAAGAUCAGUAAGACUGGAUUCCUAGCCAGUGUCUCCAAGAAGGGCGAGUACUUGAAGGAACUACUAUCUCAGAAGCUAGGAGGAAAUCCACAUGUGAAGGAAAUACGGGGCCUUGGGCUUAUUACUGGGAUAGAACUGGAUGUGCCUGCAGCACCACUAGUAGAUGCUUGCAGGAACUCUGGCCUUCUGAUUCUUACUGCUGGAAAAGGAAAUGUUGUGAGGCUUGUUCCUCCAUUGGUCAUAUUUGAGGAGGAACUGGAAUGUGCAGCUAAGAUUCUGUCGGAGUGCAUGCCUGCUCUUGAUAAGAGCAGUUCGAACUAAUAAAACAGAUAAGAGAUGUCAAAGGUUAGUUGCAGGUGCCAGGUACAUUUAGAUAUAUUUUUCUUAGGCAGUCCUGACUAUGAUGGAAGAAUGUAUCAGUAUUGUAAUUUGAAAUGAGUGGAAAUAGUAGAGAUAAAUUAUCUCUUAA